AUGCUCGACAUCGUCUUGGUGAUUGUAUCACAAUCCCCCGUUGCACCGCGACCAUUUACCGUCAGAGCGAGGUCCGGGCAAAUUAUCUCACGAACCAGUCAACCACUGACGCCUGGGGAUUAUGAUAUCUAUGUUUCCGAUGGCGACUCUAUCAAGCUCAGUGAUGAGGCGUUCAUGCGCCGGCUCCUUUCCUACAGUAUCAGUGGUCGUGAAGUAGAUUUUCAAAAUGGAGUGCGGGCCAGAGAUGGAAAUCGAUGGAUUACGGAUGCGGACUCGGGAGAUCACUCAGCACCUAUUCACUCCAUUCAAAAUGGGUUUCUCCUCAAGGCAGGCAUACAUCAGUUGUUUGAUGACUACUCGAUUUCGGUGAAUCCAGAUGACAACUAUAAGAUCACUUCCUUUAUUCCCGACGCUGAGGGGGUAGAUGGACGAACCCUUGACCUUGUGUGUCGAAACCCCGCCGACCCGCACCGCGUCUCCGAUGACCUCCUUGGCUGGCAUUUCCGACAGAGCGUUCUCGCAAACAUGAGGGGGGGCUGGAGAGCCUUCGUUUGA